GGCGGGGCAGGGGGAGCCUUAUAAUUGGAUGAAUCUGGGAUCCCUGAGUCCUGUUCAGCCCAGGAGGCGCGAAGGACACCGUUCCCCAGGAGCUGGUUGGCCAAUCUCAAGCCAGAAGAUGAAGGCUCUGUGGGUUGCGUUGGUGGUCACGCUCCUGGCCGGAUGCCGGGCGGAGGUGGAGCCAGAGCCAGAGCCAGAGGUGCAGCUGGGGCAGGAGCAGCCCGAAUGGCAAGGCAGCCAGCCCUGGGAGCUGGCUCUGGGUCGUCUCUGGGAUUACCUGCGCUGGGUGCAGACGCUGUCUGACCAGGUGCAGGAGGAGCUGCUCAGCACCCAGGUCACCCAGGAACUGACGGCGCUGAUGGAGGAGACCAUGAAGGAGGUGAAAGCCUACAAGGCGGAGCUGGAGGAGCAGCUGAGCCCUGUGGCCCAGGAAACCCGGGCCCGCCUGUCCAAGGAGCUGCAGGCGGCGCAGGCCCGGCUGGGCACGGACAUGGAGGACUUGCGCAGCCGCCUGGCGCAUUACCGCAACGAGGUGCAGGCCAUGCUGGGCCAGACCACCGACGAGCUGCGGAACCGCCUGGCCUCCCACCUGCGGAAGCUGCGGAAGCGGCUGCUCCGCGACGCCGAGGACCUGCAGAAACGCCUGGCCGUGUAUCGGGCCGGGGCCGUCGAGGGCGCCGAGCGCAGCGUGAGUGCCCUCCGCGAGCGCCUCGGGCCCCUGGUGGAGCAGGGCCGACUGGGGACCGCCACCACGAGCACCCUGGGCAGCCAGCCACUGCGGGAGCGCGCUGAGGCCUGGGGCCAGAAGCUGCGCGGGCGGCUGGAGGCGGUGGGCGCCAGGGCCCAGGACCGCCUGGACAAGAUGCGCGAGCAGUUGGAGGAGGUGCGCGCCAAGGUGGAGGAGCAGGCCAGCCAGAUGCGCCUGCAGGCCGAGACCUUCCAGGCCCGCCUCAAGGGCUGGUUCCAGCCCCUGGUGGAAGACCUGCAGCGCCAGUGGGCCGGGCUGGUGGAGAAGGUGCAACAGUUGGCCGUGGGCACCACCCCCACACCUGCAGCCAGCAAGAAUCAGUGAGUGCCCGGGCAUCCGCCUGGGGCGCCCCACUCCUGCCCAGGUGCCCCCUGCCUCCCUCCAGCCUGUGGGAGGCCCUGUCCCUGACCCAGCUGUCCUCCUGGUGGGCCCUAGCUUAAUAAAGAGUUCAUCAAGCUUCACCGCA